GACACGGGGAGGGAGGGAGACUGGGAGACACGUGAGGAGACACUUGGGGAGGUAGACACGGGGACAAGUGGAGACACGUGAGGAGACACUUGGGGAGGUAGACACGGGGACAAGUGGAGACACGUGAGGAGACACUUGGGGAGGUAGACACGGGGACAAGUGGAGACACGUGAGGAGACACUUGGGGAGGUAGACACGGGGACAAGUGGAGACACGUGAGGAACCACUUGGGGAGGGAGACACGGGACAAGUGGAGACACGUGAGGAGACACUUGGGGAGGGAGACACGGGGACAAGUGGAGACACGUGAGGAGACACUUGGGGAGGGAGACACGGGGACACAGGGAGACACUUGGGGAGGGAGGGAGACACGGGGACAAGUGGAGACACGUGAGGAGACACGUGGGGAGGGAGACACGGGGACAAGUGUAGGCUGGCGUGUGAGAGGCGGCGCUGUCAUUGCUCACACAGCGGCUGCCACCCCCCUCCAUGCUGCCGUCUGAAUGGCUUCACACAUUAAGUUGCCGUUCAUCAAACAAGAAAUUGAAGAAUAUUCAAGCCCUGGAAUGCCUCGCGAUGUGGCAAAGUUUGAAGAUGCUACUGCAGGUUUGAUUAUUGUCAAAGUUGAAGAAGGCACUGAGAGGCCAGAAGAGCCGGGGGAGUUCCAAGGAUGCAAGGCCACUGCAGACGGGAACCUAUUCAAGGUGAAGUUGGCAACGCAGGACAUUGGUCAAGGAUCCAAACGGAGACCAGAGGGAACGAGGGAUUCCCAUGAUGCAUUGGCCACGACAGACCAGAACUUCAUUGAGGUGGAGUUGUCGGAGGAUGACAUUGGUCACGAUGACGCGAAAGCAGUGGGACUCAUGUGUGAGGAGUGCGAGAAGGAUUGCGGGAGAGAUUUCGGCAUAACGGCGGACGAUAAGGCAACCUUCUCCAGCCACAUCUUACAAGCCUGCACACGCUGCGGCAAGAAUCUCGAAGACACCACAUCGUGUUUCAAUGCCAAGCAGGAGAGAUGGGAUGCUGGAGGCUACCCACAUUUGUGUAACAUUUGUGGAAAAGGCUUUUCACACCUUUCCUAUUUAAAGGUGCAUUACAGAACGCACACUGGUGAAAAGCCACUGAUUUGCAAGGUAUGUGGGAAGGGAUUUUCCCAGCAUUGUUCAUUAAGGAGACACUCGAGAAUACACACUGGCGAGAAGCCGUACAAGUGUAAGGACUGCGGAAAGGAGUUCAGAGAAUUGUACAAUUUGAAAAUCCACUCGGUAAUACACACCGGCGGGAAUCCCCACGAGUGUCGAGUGUGCGGGAGGGUGUUCACACACCGUGUCUAUUUGAAGUCGCAUUUGAGAACGCACACUGGCGAAAAGCCGCACGUGUGCAAGGUUUGUGAAAGGAGGUUUUCACAGCAGUUCUCACUAAAGAGGCAUUAUAGAACGCACACAGGCGAGAAGCCACACGUUUGUAAGGACUGCGGGAAGGGGUUUUCACAAAGUUCAUCUUUAAAGAGGCAUUCGGUAAUGCACACCGCUGAUGAUCUGCGCAUAUGGAAUGAGUACGAGAAGGGUAUCGGACAACAAUCCAGUUGAAAAUUGUAUUCUUGAGCACGUACUUGAAAGGACGUAAGUUCUAAAAGCUAAAUCGCUCUAUUGUACAUUUGUUAGGAAAGCAGUUGUGUAACAGGGAAACCAUACGAUGCAUUUCUGUUGCUUUGUGUGCAUACGCAUGGAUUCUGUGACGCUUUCCUACACACGUUUGUCCUCAGAAGAAUGUAAUUGUGAUUACAAAGAUGUAGCGAAUCUGUGCCAAGCGACUUUAAAAAGUAAGUCUCUAGUCCGCGAUGAGACAGCGCAGCUGGCCAGGAAAAGGCGUGGGGGCAACCCUUUCACCGAUUUAGCCGGUUUUGAACCUGAUGCUGAAGUGUCAUUCAUACUCUUUGGUUCUUUCGGUAAAGUCACUUAGUGAUUUUUUUUUGCCUGACGACGAACGCUUGUGUUGCGAUCGAAACAUCGUGAUUUGUUUGAUUUUAUUUCUACCUACGUGACUUUACCGAACGAAGCAAAGAGUAUGGAUUCCUGCAGUAACGAAAGCUUCAACUCAAGAUUGUCAUUCAUUCGGUGAAAUUUCUGAUUUCAAUGUUUGUUGUACAGAAAGUUAUAUUUAGCCAGGGAGAUUUGUUGUGCAACAGAAUAAGAUCAAAGUGAUCCGUACGGAGGCACCAUUAGGUAUAAGAAAAAAAUAUGCCUAAAGAACAAAUAACAAUCGUGUGCGGUGUAUAAGAGGUUAUAUCGCGUAAAGAAUAAAUGUGUCGUUAAACCCGCCACCACCCGACACGGCGAUCUAACACAAACACCGCAUGGAUAGUAUUGGUCGCGAAAUCCUACGUUUUGUGUUGUGUUAACAAUAAAACGGACACAUUGCACUAAAAACAAGGACGUGGCGAUGAAUGGGGAACGGUGAUCGCAAUGUGAAGUGAACAGAAUCGAGCGAAUAGAAACGCAACCCAUCACGGAAAAGCGAAAACCGCAAAUGAUUUGGGUGCAGCAUCCGAACUGUGCGCUCUGAGCAACGG